AACACUCUUCACAUAUUUGCAAUAGUUAAAAAGUCAAAACGGUGGAAAUUAUGACUGACUGAUGGGAAAUAAUGCCGAUAAACAAUUUUUAGAACUCUCUGAUUUUCAUACUGCGCCUGCACAAAAAAUGUGAGCAAAAUAAACUGUACAGUUCCACGUUACGCUUACAAAUUUAACAGGCGUUCAAAUUAGUUCUGUGCUUAUGAUGAUGAAGAGAGUGAAAUAAUCUUUAAAGUUGAAUUUAUAUCGUUAUCUUGUUUCUAUGCUGUUGUUAAUCUAAACGUGUUGUCUGUUUAUUCAAAAAUCUUUUUGGAAAACAUUUUUUAUAUUCGGAUUCUCUAAAAUGUUAUUAUCUUUAUUAACAAAAAACGUUCUUGAACAAUCUAGAAAAAUUGGAAGGAAUAAAGUGGGUUUGAAGGAACCCUAAAAUUAAAAUAUGAAGUAAAAAAGGUACCAUAAUGCUGAGUCCGAAGAUUCAGCGCGCCAUCAGGAUUAACGAAGGUCAGCUGCUUGCCCUCUCCGACAGGGCUCAGUACGAUCACGCUCAGGCGGGGUAUCUGUCGAAGAAAAGUUCUGAUGGCAAUAGAUGGCAGCAGCGCUGGUGUAUAUUGUACCAGAACUUGCUGUUCUACUACGAGUCUGAUACCAAUACCAGGCCGAUAGGAGUGCUGCUACUAGAAGGGUCAUACUGUGAGCGAGUCAUUGGAAUGCCUACUGACCGGGAGCCCACGUUCGGUUUCGUGAUUAUCUACCGCCGGGAGAACCAGCGGCAGUAUGAAUUCCGCGCUUCCUCUGAGGCCGACUGUUCUCUAUGGAUCGACGCAAUACAAGAGGCGAGUUUCAACAAGAUGCUGAUGCAGAAGGAAGCCCUAGAACACCAGAAUCGUCACCUCAUCCAAUUGAUGGAGAGCGAACGCACAAGCCGCUGGGAGUAUAUGGUCGAUAGAGACAAUUUGAGCUUGGAGGUCAAGAAACUAAAGUCAGAGGUGCUAACGUUGAACGUAGCUGCGCGGUGGAAAUAUGCCGCGCAGGUAGAGCAGUUGUGCAAGACGGUCGAAAAGCUCAAGAAAGAGCUUACACCUACGGCUGCAUCCACUUCGGAGCUUAUGACAUAUAGAAAAGAAGCAGGAAAACCUGUAGAAGAUCUUCAGAGCUCUGAUAAACUAGAGCCAGCGGAAUUGAGACAAAUUAAAAAAGUACAGAGUUUCUUCCGUGGCUGGUUAUGCAGACGUCGCUGGAAACAAAUCGUUGAUAUGUAUAUAAAGAGUCCCUUCGCUGAGAGUAUGCGGAAAAGAAAUAGCCUUGUUUUCAAAAUGGUAGAAGCUGAGGAAGAAUAUCUUGAACAAUUAGAAAUUUUGGUGUCCUGUUUUUACCGGCCAUUCAAAAUGGCUGCAAGUUCUAAAAAGCCUCCAUGCACCCACGAAGACGUGAACUCUAUAUUCUUGAACGUGGAAACUGUUUUAUUCUUACACCAAAUAUUCUACAAAGGCCUCACAGCAAGAAUGGACUCAUGGCCAACUCUUGUGUUGAGUGAUCUCUUCGAUAUGUUGGUCCCGAUGUUGACAAUAUACCAGGAAUAUGUACGGAAUCACCACUAUUCACUGCAGGUGCUUACAGAGUGUAAACAGAAACUUGCCUUUACGCAGCUUGUGGCCAGGCUUGAAGCGAAGCCCGCCUGUCAGGAUCGUACUUUGGAGACUUUCUUAACAUACCCUAUGCAUCAGAUACCUCGUUAUAUAAUAACCCUACACGAGUUGUUGGCACAUACUCCCGCGGAUCACGUGGAACGCCGCAGUCUACAGCAUGCAAGGCAGCAGUUGGAGGACCUUUCAAGACAAAUGCAUGAUGAGGUCAGUGAAACGGAGAGCUUACGGAAAAAUUUGGCUUUAGAACGCAUGAUUAUAGAAGGGUGUGACAUAUUGCUGGACGUGAAUCAAGUGUUCAUACGGCAAGGUAUGCUGUCACAGGUAGUGUCCAAAGGUCGCAAAUCAGUGCUGCAGCCUCGCCAGGCAUUUCUCUUCAGUAACUACCUGCUGCUCACGACGCGCGCUAGCGGUGGAAGGUUGCACUUGAAACCUGAAGACCGACUGCCGCUUCACGACGCUCUGCUUAUUGAAGAUCCAUCGUGUCACGAUGAUGAUGGUCCGAAAUCACGCCGUCAGGGGUCUCAAGGGUAUCAGUGCUGUCCAGACAUCUAUAUGGGAAGAGACUUCAAAAUAUUAGUGGAAGUCAACGGACAACAGAUAUGUGCCCAUUUGGUGGCAUCAACGACCGAGAUAAAAGCAGCUUGGACAAGUGAGCUGGCUAAUUGCAUGGAGAGUGCUGCACUCACGGAGAUGAUGCGGGCCUGUGCCAACAGCAACUCGUCUGCCAGCCUCCCGGCCUGCAGGACCGACAGGGCGCUGUUCACCGACGAUGUGGACAUUAGGUUCAGCAGAACUCUCAACUCGUGCAAAGUCCCCCAGAUAAGAUCUGCUACGCCUCAGCGACUGUUGCAGAGACUUACUGACCUUCGUUUCCUAUCAGUGGACUUCCUGAAUACAUUCUUACUGACGUACCGAGUGUUCACCGAUGGCGUCACAGUAUUGGAAGCUCUCAAGCAGGUGUUCUACGAGCAGUCCGUAAUAGAGGUGGACCCGCCUCCUCCCGUCGAUUCCACCAGAAAGACCAGUGCCGCUAGUUCUGUAUCUGGUUAUGGAUCGGAGUACAGUGAUCGGGAUUGGCAGACACGUUUUUGGAAACCAGUUAAGAAACAAGAAGAAGAGGACAAAUUGACCCCGACCAUAGCACCGUCGCGGAGACCAUCCGCUAUAUCUUUGGGCAAGACCGAAGAGGACAGUACUCACUUAACUAUACCAAAAAUAAUGGCCACUUCAUCGAGCAACGAGACAUUGAAAGGUGAGCCACCAACAUCGCCCGGUGCGGUAAGCUCUGUAACUCUAGUUGGAACAUCCAAAGAUGAUAGUAAAGAUGAAAUCGAGAAAGAACCAGAGAGCAGCACUAGUAAGAUCGAGGAGAAAACCCCGGAGAAAAGUGCCAGUGGACCGAAAACCUACGUAAAGGAAGAAAGUAUUGAAAUGGUCGAGCAAACAAUGGAGAAUAAUAACAAUAUGAGAUUCAAAGAUGAAACACCCGAGAAAAGCAAGUAUAAAAUGGAGGAGGGGAAGUUCAAGAUCUCACAGAGGUUUUCGGAGCGCGCGCGCACGAUGUCGGAGAGCCCGCGCCGCAACCAGCUGUCGGCGUCGAGCGCGGCGCCGGCGGCGGCGGCGGCGGCGGCGGCGCGGCGGCGGCGGCGCGCGCGACGGCGCGCGCGCGCCGCGCCGCCCGCCGACCUGCGCCGCGCCUCCGACACCGCCGCGCGCUACGGCCCGCGCCGCUCCGUCAGCGAGAGACGCUACACCAGUUCGUCCAUCAACAGCGAGCGGCGACGGUUCUGGGGCAGCUCCGAGCCGCGCUCCUCUGUCGCCUCACAAGUGUCGCAAGGCCCGAAUUUCCGACGGGAUUUCACUCAGCCGAAGGUGGGAGUGGUCAUCACCUCUUUCAGGCAGUCUCACAGAAGCUUUGGAAAUGACGAUGUGUGGAGCAGUACAUCAACUGCAGCGAUUGCAUUUGCUGUGGCCACUUCAGGAGCAUCGAACCCGAAGACUCCGCCGACCUCUCCGCCGGCCCCACGACGAGAUUCUCUCAUAUCGACAGCUGCUACCAUGAGGGUUCUUAACGUGUUGAGGCAUUGGAUCUUGAAACACUCACACGACUUCUGGGUAGACGAGGAACUACGCAUGAUGACGAUGGAUUUUAUCAAGGAAAUACAGAACAGUCCGGCGUUAUUGCCGUCAGAGCACAAAGCAGCCGCGCAACUGCUACGCCAUCUGGAAGCCGUCCCUGUAACUAAAGUGGAUUUGCACGAACUGCUCGCUCCGCCUCCUGAGCCGUCCAAACUAAGUUCCUCCAUGCUGCGCGCACUGGAUAUAGCUGAGACGUUGACUUACUUGGAUUUUCAGAUCUUUAGAAACAUUAAUAGCGAAGAGUUGCUGGGCCAGGCGUGGAUGAAGCCGGACAAGGCGGAGCGCGCGCCCCACAUUCUGCUGAUGACCUCGCACUUCAACUAUAUAUGCAACUUCAUCAUAUCAGAGAUACUCCAGAAGGAAACCAUGCAAGAUCGAGUGAACUCAAUCGAGAAGUGGGCAGCGGCUGGCGACAUCAUUCGGUGCAUGCACAACUUCAAUGGCGUAUUGCAGAUAUACGCUGCCCUCUCCAACACCUCCAUCUACCGCCUCAAGAAGACCUGGGAGAGGGUAUCCUCGCAUACUAAAUCAGUAGUGGAGAAGUUGCAAGCGGUUGCCACAUCAGAGGGCCGGUUCAGGGUGAUGAGAGACGAGCUGCACAGAUCCGACCCGCCGUGCAUCCCAUACCUGGGCAUGUACUUGUCGGACCUGUCCUUCAUCGAGGAGGGCACGCCCAACUACACCACCGACGGACUCCUCAACUUCUCCAAGAUGAGAAUGAUUGCGCAUGUGAUUCGGGAAAUAAGAAAUUACCAGCAAGUCGCUUAUAGAAUAAAUUAUAAACAAUACAUAGCGGAGUUCAUACUGGACCGGUCGAUAGUGCUCGACGAGGAGAAGCAGUACGAGCUGUCGCUGCGCAUAGAGCCGCGGUGCUCGCGCGGCUCCAUCGCCGGGCCCGGCGUGCUCGGCGUGGCGGAGCUGGGCGGCGCGGUCGGCGCGGGCGGCGCGGGCGGCGCGGGCGGCGCGGGCGGCGCGGCGCCGGGCGCGGAGGCGGCGCCGGCGGCGAGCGCGGGCAGCGCGGCCGCGUCCUAGCGCCGGCGCCGCGCCUCGCUCGCCUCCCUGGCGCCGCUCCGCCAGGACCGGGCCUAGGGGGCGCGGGGCGUCCACACCACCACGAGCGCCGGCUCCUCUGCAGUUCGCUUGUGAAGUUCCAUGGACAGCGGCGCGGCGCCGGACGAUCGCACAUGUUUACGAUCACAGUGAGCACAUAUUUACUUAUUUAUUUUUGGAAUUACAAUCUCCCUUUCCGACUUUACAGCAUAUUAGUAGACAACCUGAGACACGUGAUUAUAAAUCCACACAGCUCCUUUUAACGUUUCCAACAAUUGAAUUUUUAUGAAAUGAAGAUUUGCAUUUCAACAACGUGAAGUAGUACUCGUUGUUGCAAUUUGAUAGAAAUUUAAUAUAAAUUUUAUUAAAUAUGUAAUAAACUAAAUUAUACCAGAGCGGAACAUUUCCUCUCCUGUGUUUGUUCCCAUUGCAAGUAACUACUAGUUCUGUUGUAAGGACGAAAUCAAUGAAUCCAACAAGCCACUAAAUAUAGAGGUAUCUUCCUUUAUUCGUACUAAAAAUCUCAUGUUGUAUUCGAAAAAUAUAAAAAUAUAUUACUUGUUCACGUAUCAAUUGAACUUAUUCAUCAAAGUCUUGCUAAUUUUAUAAUCAAAUCAGACGAUCAAGAAAAUAAAUAAAAUUUAACAUAAUACUCGUUUAAUACCUAAAAUCACGCCCUUUAAUUAUAUUAAUACGUUAAUAAAUAUAUAAAAAAAAAAUUAAAAUGUUACAUUUAAUAUUCUAAUUAGAAUGUAAUGUAUAGAUAAUAAAUUGUUGAAUAAAGCAAGACGAGCUGCCUCGGAAACUCUAUUUUUGUAUAAAUCUUCAUCGUCAAUUAGUUAAUAAUGUACUAAAUCAUUGGAACAUAUCACUUAAUGCAUCCACUGUGGACGGUAAUGUACUAUCCUAACUUCUCUACGUAGGCCUAUCUUGACAAGUUGUCUGAAUAUAUUAAUGAUAGAAUUAUUAGAACCAUGAAUUAUUUAGUAAUCUCCAAAUAGAAUGAAAUAUUUAAAUCUGUUAUAGACACUUCUAAUUUGGGUUUAGCCAUUGGUACAUAGAACGAUAUAUGUGUUUAGGUUAGGUAAGUUGGAUAAUUUUAUGAGCUUAUGACAUGAACAUGUAUCAAUUGUACAGUGCAGUUAUAAAUUUUUUAAUGAUUAUAUUUCAAAUUAGUGUGCAAGUGGUUGUUACCUGUUACUAAAUGGUUGUUGAUGUCAUUUCGACUGCUUUUAUACAAAUAUCUUUAUAUUUCCCCUAUUACAUGUUAGUGUAAUAAGAUUAGAUCGGUAGGUAUCCCAAGGAGGUGUUCUAGGACCCGUUCUAUUUCAUGCGAUAGUCGCGUAGUUAAGUUUACUUAUGCAACGCUAUAGUCAUGUUAUGUCUGAGAUAUUUAAUAACCCACUUAUUCCUAAACACGUCCUUCUACAAAUCUAUAAUAUUUUAAUUAUUACACUAAUAUGUCACUAUCUAUCAAAUAGGGAAUUUAAUUCAAAUGAAAGAGACAGAACAGUUAAAUAAGCUAAAAUAGGUUGUAUGACGGGUUUGACGUUUUUAUGAAUAAGGGGGUGAAUAAAUAUCUCAUAGAUUUAGAGCAUCGCAAUACGCCAUGCGUGGAAAUGAACGAAUUUAAUUUACCUAUAUAGCUAACGACUGAAUAGUUAAAUGUGGACAAAUGUUUGCUGGCGAUAAUGUCUCCUCUUGAGUUAUCGAGGACGGUCUGUGUCCACGAAACGUCUGAUGUAACCAAACGUGAUGUCAAGUGAGAAUAUUGUAUCGUUCGUAAGUCUUUUCUACGUCCUUUUCUAUGUCAUUUAAUGUUAGUGUUACAAUGUGUCAGUAUUUAUUUGGAUGUAUUAGGGAAAGUGAGGAAGUAUGUCUAAAAUUAUUAUGUAGCAAUUUACAUUCCCAUCAAAGCAAUGUAUUUGCUGGUAAUAAUACCAUCAAUAGACACCAUUGAACAUGAUUUUGACAUCUACCGUUUAUCUAGUUUUCAAUUAUGCAAUACUGUUAGUAAAUUUUUAAAACAGUCUAACUGUGUUGUAGUUUAAUUUAACUGUCUCUUAUAAAAUGGCUGUUAUAGUUAAAGCGUGUUAGAGUAAAGAUAAAUCUUAAUGAUUUACCACUUUUGACUUGAUAUGUGCACAAUUUUUAAAAGUAUUAAUACCUACUUCGAAGGCUGUUGUAAAAUCUAUGCGAGUGAUUUAAGAUUUGGAAAUUUUUCAUAAUGUAGGCUAAGGUUCGUUUUGUGUUAAAUAUUGUCUUCCCUUAUUCGUGUACCUUACUGUCUUAUUUUUCUAUGUAAAUUUGUAAUUUAGAGUUUAAGAUCAUAUUUUGAAGAGAUCUUUUCACGUCGAUAUUAUCAUGUGACACUUAUGAAAAUAAAAUUAUGACAUAACUACGCUUCUAUUUUGAAAUCUCUUAUGAAUAUCUAAUAAGGAUUUUUAAUGAAUUAAUUAAAAAUUGUGUGUGUUGAUAAAUUUUCUUCUGAGCUACCUCUUCUUAUAAAUUCUAAAUAUAUUAUAAAUUUUAAAAUGUUGUUGAUGAGUGUUUCGUCAUCGUCGUCAUCGCAUCACAUUUAAAUAUUUUCAAGUCGUCUUUAGUGUUUAAGUAUUGGAUAAAUAAGAUUAUUCGAUCAUUGAUUAAGAUCUAUUUUGUGUAAAAACAAUAAUUACGCAUUGUUAGUAAUUUAAUUGGAAUUAUUAACUUAUUAUAUUAUACAUAAUACAUGAAAACGUACGUUCCAUAUAUUUUUUCUAAAUCAAAUAAUCAAUUUUGUGAUUUAUACUCUUUGUUUAGUAAGUAGUACAUGAUCCGUGGGAAUGUAAAGCUAAAUUAAGAUACAAAUGAUUUGAUCUGUUUCCUUGAGUAUAUUUUUCACAAAAAAUAUUAGAAAUAUAUUUUUUUACUCUACACAUUUAUAACGAUUUGUGCUUAGGAACUUGCUUAAUGGCUCAUCUUAGUUCAGCAAAUUGCGCUCUUUAGUAAAAUGUUGGCUUAAUUGAAGUUUUUUUUUUUUUCAAAAUGAAUUUUAGUGAAAAAGCCUAAAGAAUAUUAGUAUUUUUUUUUCUUCUCAAGUAUGUUGAAAAAUUGAUCUUUCUCAGUUCAGUUUAUUGAAACUCAUUUUGCUAACAUUUUAAAUCAAUAUUUUACUAAUAGUGUGAAAGUUUUUAGUAAAUAUUCAGUAGCGUAUUAACAGUUUUUUUUUCUAGAUGGAUAGUUUAUUUAUAAUAUAACCAGUAUGGAUGUAAAGUGCAAAUAUGAAAUGAGGUAUGGUGAUGUAUUUCAGAAAUUUAUUUAUUUAUUUAUUGUAAUUGUUACGUCAUACAGCAACUGAAUUUUAGUGGUAAAAGGAGUCUUUAUCAUUUAAUAUAUUAAAUUUGAAACAUACGAUUUCUUAAAUUAAGCUCACUGAUGUUUAAUUGAUGAAAAUUGAAUGGUAGCCCCGUCUGUGUUAACGGUACAUACUAGCGGAGCACCAGUGAGCUCCAGUUAGUUCAUCCAUAAAAAUUUUACAAGAAUUAACUACGGUGGUUUCCAGGGGAAUACACGUAGACACGGGACCCCAUUACAAACAAUUCCUUUCUCUCUGUAACUGACGUUUAUAGAUUUUAUGAACUAUGUAUCAACAUCUUAAAAAAAGCAUAAAAAUUCUUAAACUUAUAUUUUUAAACGAAUUUUGGUUAAAUUUACCUGUCUUUUUUAAUAGAUUAAUAUAUAAAAGUAACCUGUGCUUUUAAUUGGUUUUUUUUUUCAUUUAUUUUAACUGACGGCGAGUAUUUGUUGUUUUUUGUGGAAUGCCUUAUUUCAUAUCUGCACUAUGUAUACUCAUAUAUAUUGAGUUUGAGUUUAUCCAAUGUCCGUUACGGUUUACAAUUAAAUAGGUAUAAUAAAAAAAAUUGGUGCACUAAAAGUAUAGAAUGCUCUAAAGUGCACUUUAUAAGUAACUAUUAAAAAAAAAAUUUAUAUAGAAAUACGAUGGGAGUACUUUGCCGAGUAGAAUGUAGCAAACAUCUGAAGCAGUUAUGAACUAGUCAUGUGUUAUUCCCAAUUCUAUAUGCUGUUAAGUAAUUAUGUUAAAAUAUAUCUAUAUAAAUAGA